CUUUCUUGUUAAUUGUGUUUUCAUAGGGACAUUUGCAAAAAUAGUAUAUAUAAAAUGUUACGUUGAGUUUAAAACAUAGACAUUUAAAAACCUUAACUAAAUUUCAAGUUUACCUUAGAUCUUGAACUAAUAAGUUACCAAUAAUUGUUCCAAUAUCUCGCUUUGUCCAUGGGAUAUUCAAUAGAUUAAGUGUAUGUUUAUUGAAAAAUUCAGUUAUAAUGGGCACGGUUCUAAGUUUUAAUCCACGAGAUAGACAUCCAGUGUAUUCAUCACAGCCCAAUUUUCCUUAUAAUCAAUCUACGCACAUUCAAAGUCAGAAAAUAAAUGAUAAUUCUGAAUCAAUUGACUCACAAUUGAAUAAUUUUUCCUAUGAGCAGUUAAAUAAUGCUAAAAACCGUGAAAAUAAAAAAGCUAUUUCACAUCAAAUAUCGAAGAAUGGCUCCGGACACCAAAAUACUUGUGGAAGCGUGCAAUUUAAUAUGCACACGCAGAUAAGCUCGCACAACUUCAACAAUCUAGCAUAUUCAUCAAAAGAUACAAUUAACAAUGACCUGGAUGCUCAUAAUGAAAACUCAACUGUUAUAUCGGAAAAAAGUUCAAUUGAAAAAAGCUUAAAAAAACAUUCUCUUUUUAUUAAUGCUCUGUCCUGGAAAAAAUUAUCUACAGCUCAUAAUAAGAAAAAAGUUGAAAAUAAGAAUAAAUGUGCAAAUUUGCCAACUACAUGCUUUAAGACUCAGCUAUUAGAAGCUUCAUAUACGUCAACUUCUGAUAAAAACAAAAAUAUUCAACUCCACUGUAAUCAUAUUGAAGAGCAUCAGCACCAACAACACCACUGUAAUCAAAGCCAUAUUAUUCGGGAGCUUCCACUUUUCCCAUCAACAAAAACGCAAAAGCCAUCAACAGCGAAAGAACUAGGAAGAGUUAAUAAUACAAACUCAAUAUCAAAUCACAACAAAUUGAUUCAAAAACAACCUUUAGCUCUAACCCUGCCUCAGCAGCUACAGAUAUCUUCAAUUCAAAUUAAGAAUACGAAUCAGAAUCAUUUACCACGCAAAACUGUUAUUCAGGCAUCAACAUCCGAGUUAUUAAAAUGUCUCGGUUUGUUUUUACAUUACCGGUGCCAUAGAUUAAAUAAUUUUGAUCCCGGGGACGCUGUUAUGUGGCUGAGGGCUGUCGAUCGAAGCUUAUUACUGCAAGGCUGGCAGGACGUGGCGUUCAUUAACCCAGCAAAUGUUGUAUUUGUAUACAUGUUAGUACGCGAGCUUGUUAACGGAGAGGAAACAAAGGAAUCAGAUCUUCAAGCUUCUGUUCUUACCUGUUUGUAUCUAUCAUAUUCGUACAUGGGUAACGAAAUCAGCUAUCCACUCAAACCAUUUUUGGUUGAGGACUCAAAAGAAAAUUUUUGGGACAGAUGCUUAUUUAUCGUGAACAGACUAAGUAGUAAGAUGCUGAAGAUAAAUGCAGAACCAGCAUUUUUCACCGAAGUAUUUACGGAGCUGAAAUCUUGUGGACAAUUUCAAGCUAAUUCAAUAAAGAGGUCAUCCUGCGGAGGAACCUGACGGAAAAAUGACCAACACAUAGCAGUCCGACUCACAUUGUCUACUUACCAGCUAAAUUUUCAAGAUAAAAAAAAAUCAGAAAUAGUGGUAAACAAAUAAAACAUUUAUAUUGCGUUAGCAAAUUUCUUUGUCACCAUCACACUUGUUCAAAUAAAA